UGUUUAUAAAUCGUCUGAAACCAAAACCAAAACCAUAAAACUCAAAAUCUUUCUUUGUCUUCAAACUUCAAACACUUGAUUAAAUAAAAAAAAGCUUUUGAUUUCACAUCUAAUCUUUACAAGUCAAACACUUUUCAAACAAAACACAAAAAAAAAAUCAUCAAACUCUGGAAAAUUAAUAUUUUCUCCCUUUUAAUGGAAAUCUCUGCUUUCCCAUUUCCAUACCUACAAGACGACGAGUGUUCCCAUUUCCUUAGUCUAUUUCAAGACAUGGACUCUUCUCCUUCUGGUUUCGGAUUAGAAGGUUUCGGUAACAACAACAACAGCGACCAUACUAAUAAGAAACGUUCAAGAAAAGACGACGACGAAGCCGACGCUGUGAAUGGUAAGGCUGCGUUUGGAGACAUACUCGCCACGCUUCUUCUGUUAGACGAGGAAGCUAAACAGCAACAAGAGCAGUGGGAUUUUGAGUCUAAUCAAGACAAGUCUCUUCUUGAAGCUAACCACAAGAAGCAAGUUAAUACAAUGGACGGUUAUUACAACCAGUUACAAGGUCAUUACUCUCCAGCUGGUGAAGUCACCGAUGGUUCUGCUGCCCGUUCUAAACGCGCACGUAAAACCGCUGUUGUAGCCGCUGCGGUUUCCGCUGUAGCGGACACAACCGCCACCGCAGCUCCCGUUCCGACCGCGGAUAUCGCUAGCGGUUCCGGGUCAGGACCGAGUCAUAGGAGAUUGUGGGUUAAAGAACGGACUACGGACUGGUGGGACAGAGUGAGCCGGCCUGAUUUCCCGGAAGACGAGUUCCGGCGAGACUUUCGGAUGAGCAAAUCGACGUUUAAUCUAAUAUGCGAGGAGCUAGACACGACGGUGACCAAGAAAAACACGAUGCUUAGAGACGCGAUCCCAGCUCCAAAACGCGUUGGCGUUUGCGUUUGGCGUUUAGCUACGGGAGCUCCGCUUCGCCACGUGUCGGAGCGUUUCGGCCUCGGAAUCUCGACUUGCCACAAGCUGGUCAUCGAAGUCUGCCGCGCCAUCUACGACGUCCUUAUGCCCAAGUACCUCCGUUGGCCGUCGGAUCAAGAGAUCAGCUCGACGAAGUCGAAAUUCGAAUCCGUACACAAAAUCCCAAACGUCGUCGGAUCAAUCUACACCACGCAUAUCCCGAUCAUCGCUCCGAAGGUACACGUGGCGGCGUAUUUCAACAAGAGACACACAGAGAGGAACCAGAAGACGUCGUACUCGAUCACCGUACAAGGAGUGGUCAACGCCGACGGGAUCUUCACCGACGUCUGUAUCGGAAACCCGGGGUCCCUCACCGACGAUCAGAUCCUCGAGAAGUCUUCGCUUUCGCGGCAGAGAGCGGCGCGUGGGAUGCUGCGUGACAGCUGGAUCGUCGGAAACUCGGGGUUUCCGUUGACGGAUUGGCUUCUUGUGCCGUACGCUAGACAGAAUCUGACGUGGACGCAGCACGCGUUCAACGAGAGCGUCGGAGAGAUUCAGGGGAUCGCGACGGAGGCGUUCCAAAGGCUUAAAGGAAGGUGGGCUUGUUUGCAGAAACGGACGGAGGUGAAGCUUCAAGAUCUGCCGUACGUUCUUGGAGCUUGUUGUGUGUUGCAUAACAUUUGUGAGAUGAGGAAUGAGGAGAUUUCGCCGGAGUUGAAGUUUGAGGUUUUUGAUGACGUGGCGGUGCCGGAGAAUAGUAUACGAUCUGCUACUGCCGUUAACACGAGGGAUCAUAUCUCUCAUAAUCUCUUGCAUCGUGGACUCGCCGGCACAAGAACUCUGUAGACUCUCUCUGUUUUUGGAAACUGAUAAUUUUUUUUAUUUUUAUUAUUAUUGCAAAUUCUUUUUUUCCAAAUUAGGAAUAAACAAAAAUUAUUUUUAGAGAUUUUGGAUACAGAAGGCAUAGUCGAAUUUUGAGUGUAGAAUUUGGCAGAUGAUAUUUGUUUGUGUUACUUAUUAGCAUUGUGUAAUCUUUUUUUAGUUUAUGUAUUUUUUUCUAUACAACAAUUGAAUUUUGAACCAACAUCUAUAGAUUUAUAAAGCUUUGUUUCUUUCA